AGCUUGAGAGUUCAGUCAGUUCAAUAAAUUGUCAGCUGCAGAAGCCCGUACGUUUAAAGAUGCGUUCCUAUCUAGCCCACUGGCUGGGGCUGCUCCUGGCUAUUUGUUUGGCAGCCGACGGCGCCGUUGGUCAGCAGACCAAGUACGGUCUGUGGACACCGGAUCGGGCGCACGCCGACACACAGCCCAUACAGUGGACGGGCGGACAGUUCGAGUUCCCCUGUGCCAGCACCAAGUCGCUGUUCAAGAGCUCCGGCAAGUACAUAGCCAAGAAUGUGAUUGCGACGCGGGCCCAGCUGAUUGGCGAUACCAUCUAUUUGGCGCUGCCGCGCUAUCGCAAGGGCGUGCCUGCGACGCUGGUGAAGACGAAUGUCCAGCCGGGCACCUGCUCGACCACGUUCAAGCCGUAUCCCUGCUGGGACCUGCAGGAGGAGGGCAACUGCAAGGCUCUGCAGUCUGUGGUCGACCUGGUUGUCGAUCAGAACGAGGUGCUCUGGGUGCUGGACACGGGCAUAGUCAACACCCUGGAGACGCCGGUGCGCAAGUGCGCGCCCAAGGUGGUGGCCAUGUCCGUGAAGACGGGCAAAGUGCUGAAAACUGUCUCGCUGGAGGGGCUCACCUCGAGCAGCUCCCGUCUGCAGUAUCUGGUGGUGGACUAUGCGCCCGACGGCGGCUGCUUUAUCUACGUCAGCGAUGCGGCCAACCGUGCGAUAAUCGUCUAUAAUCUGCAGGCGGAUCGCGGCUUCCGUGUGGUGCUGCCCAAGGCAGUGUCCGCCGGCUGUCGCUCCCGCGAUGUGCUCUACAUAGCGCUGAUACGUCGCGACUGCGGCUCCACCGAGCUCUACUUCACCUAUCUGAGUACGGCCAAGCUGUUCUCCCUGAAAUCCGAGUAUUUGCGCAGCGGUGUGGCCGACGGACGCAUUUUGGAUCUGGGCAAAAAGCCGAGUCGCAUGGUCAUUAUUGGCACGGACAACGGCUCGGCCAUAUUCUUCCGCAACGAGGGCGAUGCAGAGGUCUAUCGCUGGGACACCAACUCCACGUUUGCAGAGGCCAACUUCAAACCCGUUUAUCGCAGCCAAACCUGCCAGCUGGUGACUCAUGCGGUGCCCGAUUACAAACGGAAUACGAUGCGGGUGCUGCAGAGCAAUUUUCCGGAUUAUAUGCAAAAUCGCAUCGGAUGCGGAGCCAUACAGCAGCUGAACCAUAUGCAGGGCUGUUGGUAGGCACAAAAGAGCAUAAGCACACUCACACACACACAAAC